CAGGCCCGGAAGCGGACAGCGAGGACUGAAAGUUGUACUGCGGUGUGUGUGCUUCCUAGUUCUCUGGUGCUGCUAUAGGAGGGACGUGGGGUCCCUACAGACCUGCAAAUUCCGGCCCGUCUUUCUCAACCCAGAGCAAUUUGAAACGUCCCGGAUUUCCAAAGCCUCAUGUUACAUGAGGAAGCCACCAAGAAGAGCAAAGAAAAGUAUCCAGGGAUGGCUCUUCCUCAGGGACGCUUGACUUUCAGGGAUGUGGCUAUAGAAUUCUCUCUGGCGGAGUGGAAAUGCCUGGACCCUGCACAGAGGGCUUUAUACAGGGAAGUGAUGUUGGAGAACUACAGGAACCUGGAGUCUGUGGAUAGCUCUUUAAAAUCCAUGAUGGAGUUCUCAUCACAUGAGCACAGUAAUACAGGAGAAGGGUUCUACACAGGGACAUUGGAAAGACAUAAAAGUUAUCACAUUGGAGAUUUUUGCUUCCCAGAAAUCAAGAAAGAUAUUCAUCACUUUGAGUUUCAGUGGCAAGAAGUUGGAAGAAAUGGCCAUGAAGCACCUGUGACAGAAAAUAAAGAGUUGACAGGUAGUACAGACCGACAUACUCAAAGGCAUGCUGGAAACAAGCCUAUUAAAGAUCAGCUUGGAUCAAGCUUUCAUUCACAUCUGCCUGAACUGUGCAUAUUUCAGACACAAGGGAAAAUUAGUAACCAAGUGGACAAGUCUGUCAGUGGUGCUUCCUCAGCUUCAACAUCCCAGAGAAUUUCUGGUAGGCUCAAAACUCAUAUUUCUAAUAAGUAUGGGAAGAAUUUCCUCCAUUCCUCAUUAUCCACACAAAUACAGGAAACAUGCGUGAGAGAAAAACCUUGCCAAAAUAAUGGGUGUGGCAAAGCUUUUAAUUAUAGCUCACUCUUAAGCAGACAUCACAUAACCCAUUCAAGAGAGAAACAAUGUAAAUGUGACGUCUGUGGCAAGGUUUUUAAUCAGAAGCAAUACUUUGCAUGUCAUCAUAAAUGUCACACUGGUGAGAAAAUUUACAAGUGUAAUGAGUGUGAGAAGACCUUCACUCAGAUGUUAUCCCUUGUAUGCCAUCAUAGACUUCAUACUGGAGAGAAACCUUACAAGUAUAAUGAGUGUGGCAAGACGUUCAGUCAGAAGUCAUCCUUUAGAUGCCAUCGUAGACUUCAUACUGGAGAGAAACCUUACAAGUAUAAUGAGUGUGGCAAGACGUUCAGUCAGAAGUCAUCCUUUAGAUGCCAUCGUAGACUUCAUACUGGAGAGAAACCUUACAAGUGUAAUGAGUGUGGCAAGACCUUUGGUCGACAUUCAGCCCUUGUAAUUCAUAAGGCAACUCAUACCGGAGAGAAACCUUACAAGUGUAAUGAGUGUGGCAAGACCUUCUGUCAGAAGACAUCCCUUCAGUGCCAUCAUAGACUUCACACUGGAGAGAAAGCUUACAAAUGUGAAGAAUGUGGCAAGGUUUACAUUCGCAGAUCACACCUUGAAAGACAUAGGAGAAUUCAUACUGGAGAGAAACCAUACAAAUGUAAGAUUUGUGACAAGGUUUUCCGGAGUGAUUCAUACCUUGCAGUACAUCACAGAGUUCAUACUGGAGAGAAACCGUACAAGUGUAAUAAAUGUGGCAGGAGUUUCAGUCGGAAGUCAUCCCUUCAAUACCAUCAUACACUUCAUACUGGAGAGAAACCUUACACAUGUAAUGAAUGUGGCAAGGUUUUUAGUAGAAGAGAAAACCUUGCACGUCAUCAUAGACUUCAUACUGGAGAGAAACCUUACAAAUGUAAAGAAUGUGACAGAGUUUUUAAUCAAAAAGCACACCUUGCACAACAUCAGAGAGUUCAUACUGGAGAGAAACCUUACAAGUGUAAUGAAUGUGGCAAGGCUUUUAAUCAAAAAACAAGCCUUGCACAACAUCAGAGAGUUCAUACUGGAGAGAAACCUUACAAGUGUAAUGAAUGUGGCAAGGUUUUUAAUCAAAAAACAAACCUUGCAAAACAUCAGAUAGUUCAUACUGGCGAGAAACCUUACAAGUGUAAUGAAUGUGGCAAAGCCUUUACUAGGCAGUCAACACUUAUUCACCACCAAGCUAUCCAUGGUGUAGGGAAACUUUACAAAUAUAAUGAUUCUCACAAAGUCCUCAAUAAUGCUACAGUCAUUGCAAAUCAUUAG